AGCAUAAAAUAGAAACAACCUUUUAUUAAUACUACAAAGAAGUAAGAAUGUUAAACUAGUUAAACAUAAUUAAUAUCAAUAUUCUACAAUUAAAAAAUGUGCAGAUAAUUUUGUGUGUAAAACGACAAAAAGGGAAAAAUGUAUAAGAAAUGUGAAUAAGACAAUCGAAAUGUAAUGUUUUUGUGGUCAUUACCAAAGUUUUCCUGUUGUUGUAUACGUAAUUCUUCCAUGGCCAUUGAUAUAGCCAUCUACGUUUUAUCUUUCCUACGAUAAAUAUAUGUGAUUGUAUUAUUCUAUGUUUUAAUAAUUAACACGGAGGUGCGGUUGCGGCAGAAGAAGUGUAAUAACAGUUCGAAAAUAGGCGAACAAAGAACCGCGACGCCAGCGGUAUUAGUAAUUAAUGCUACAUAUUUGCUGUUAAGUGAUUUGGCAACUUGUUGGUGUUAAAACUUAUUUCGCAUAAUUGAACAACGAACCUCAUGGUUUAAGGCUUUAACGCAUUACUUAUGCCCCAAAAAAGAAAUGAUGGAUCCCCAAAAAAUAACUGAACUGGCAAAUUUACUACGUAAAAACGGGGAUAAAAUAUUGAAUUCAGAGUUUUCGCUGAAACUAUCAGGUUCACUGCUACGCGCGCUAAAUGACUCAUUUACGCUAAUAACAGAUGGCGCUGCCGAAAUCGGUGCUUCGCCGCAGACCUUCCAAGUCGCCAAGACGGUCAAUUCAAGAUCGCCUGUGUUCAUUGAUUUACAGCUUAUUUAUGAUUUUGUACAAAAGACACCGUUACUCUGUAUCAUACACUAUCCUACAGAUGAAUACUUUGAUGGCACAAUUGAUAUCAGUAAGUUUCGUGCGUUGCGACGUCUCGAAGUGCAGAAGACAAAUGUACGACAAGUGGUCGGUAUACAACGAUUACGUGCGCAACUGCAACAGCUUAUUUGUGUCAAGAGUCUUACGGGUGUCGAAGACGUUAUAACCAAGUGCGGUGGCGACAACUCGAAUGGCUUUGUGUGGAAUGAGUUGAAAAUUGCCGAUUUUAGUUACAAUAAUUUGCAACGCGUUGAUAGCGCUUUGGAAUUCGCACAAUUCUUGCAACAUCUUAAUUUGCGUCAUAAUAAAUUGCGCAGCGUAGAGGCCGUCAAGUGGUUGCCGCAUUUAAAAACUUUGGAUCUAAGCUACAAUUGUUUACAAUGUGUGCCGCAAUUUCAUUUAGAAGCCUACAAACGGCUGCAAUCAUUGAAUAUGAGUAAUAAUUUUGUUGAGGAUCUAAUGGGUAUUGCAAAAUUGGAAGCACUCACCGAUUUAGAUCUAUCUGACAAUUGUUUGCUCGAUCACUCGUGUUUAUUACCACUCAGCGCGCUUAUUACAUUAAACUAUCUAAAUUUGUACGGCAAUCCAUUGUGUUGUCAUCCCAAACAUCGACUGGCCACAGCACAAUUUCUACACAAAAAUACCGCAACUGUGAAAUUCCUAUUGGACUUGGAACCGCUUUCGAAGAGUGAAAAAGCGGUGACUGGCAGCCAACAACUGCGUCAUGUAGGUGCGCUCAAUCGCUAUGCGCAAAGAUCAUCUUCCACUUCCAUUAACAGCAGCCGUGUGCCAUCCUCAACACACACGCCUUCAUCCAGUGUGGGUUCUUUGAGUUCCUUCAAAUUCAAUGCUAGUUCUACAGGCACACUGGAUAGUGUUAAAGCAGCUAAUGGUACGAAUGGCACGCGAAAGUCAUCUUCAAAAACGCGUACGGUCGAUAUCAUUGAAGAUGAAGGCGCACCUGCGCAAACAACUGACGAACGCGAUGAGGCUGUGUUAGCCGAAAAAUUAAAACCCGUCAAGGUAACACUGCAAAAAGCAAACAUAUCAGCGCCAGACACGCAACACUUGGAAGCAAAGAAACAAAUUGAAAACCUACGUGAAAAGUAUGGCGUCAAUUGGUUGCAAUCCGGCAAUGCGGAAAUGAUACAAAGCGCCUUAGGCAUGGAAACUAAAAGUAAUACAACAACAGCAAAUUCUUGUAGACAACAGCUUGAUGACUUUCUGGGUGAACUUUCUGAAUCAGCACUUGCUUCAUCACGCGCCAAGCCUCAAUCACAAUAUGAUACUAGUGAAACGCUUGACAGCUCACUGCAUUCAUCAACACCGCUUUAUGAUAGCCAUUUAGGUGGUGAAGUGCCAAAACUGGAAGUGCUCGCCUCGCCAAUCAAAGCAAAUGGCCCCAAUGACAAUAUUGAUGCAACUAUGUACCAAAGUAUGAAUAGCACUAACUCGUUUACAAACGAAAAUCAUACACUUUAUAGGUCGGUAAAUGAUUCCGAUAACACAUUAAUGCAAACGGCUGAAGACUCUUUGAGCUCCGCUUUGGAGCAGGCAAAUAUGAGCGAUGAUGCAGAGACUGAGGUGGAGAUUGAUGAUGAACCGCCACAUUUGAAGAACGUCUAUUCAAAUUCUGCAGUUGAAGAGCCUGAUGUCUCCGAGCCUGAGGACGAUGAAGUAACAUAUAUAGUUUACACUAUGCCACGCAAUGAGGCUGUAUUUCUAACCAUAUCAGAAAACUAUUUGCGCGUACGUGAUACAUUAACGCAAAAAACCAUAACCAAGUGGAGUCUGAAAAUUUUAGAAUCCUGUGAUCGCAUAAAAUCAAACACGAUACGUAUAAAUUUUGAUACAAUCAAAGCGGAUAAAAAGGAACGUAUCUACACCGUUGAGGAUGGCUUAUGUCAGGAACUGGAACGCAAAUUACGCGACAUACUCUCUCAGCGUGAUCUCACCGAAAUGAAUCAAACCGUCUACCGUUGUGUAAAUUGUACUUGUCAAUUCGCAGUGGAAACUAAAUAUAAGCCGCAGAACCAGGCAAUUCAUUGUCCCGACUGCAAAAGCAGCUUUGUUGCUGAAAUACAUGACAUCCCCAAGCCGCCACUUGAAGCAGCUGCCGAGAAACUAUCCCCCGCAGCUAUUGUCGAGGAAACACCAAUCUACGCGAAUACACCGCCGAAAGUAGCCAGCAAGGCCAUAGCAAAUAUUGAUGUUGCCAAUGAUACAAAUAGUAUUGUUAAAGGAUCCAACAGGCUUACUGCAAUUAACACAUCCAAAUAUAGGAAUCCACUACAGGGGCUGAAAAGCUCCGCUAAUUCACUUAACGAGUCCUCGUCCUGCUCGAAAAUUACCAACUCACAAAACUCCUUUGAUUCUAAUCAAUCGGUUGUGGGCAGCUCCAAUACAGAACGUCAACAGGAGUUCACCGGCGAAAGUAGCGAUGUCGAUAUAAUUUCCAACCCAAGUCAAUCUAGUAUCGAGGUUUUGGAUCAACACAUCGGCCGUAAGGAGUCCGAGGAGCGACGCCUAGCUCAACAUAUGUCAGCGCUGGAGGAGAACUAUGACCUCAGUUAUACGCAAAGUUUUAUUGAACGCGAAUUUGGUAAUGCCGCUAUAGCGGCUGUGCUAGAAAAUCAAAUAGUUGAAGCUAAACAAAGAAAAAUCACAACAACUACUCCACCAGCGAAAGCUGCUAUAAAUGCUGAGCCAUUAACGAUGAACAGCAACAAUCCUGCUCCGCAAACUGUUGCUCCCGCGCUGGCUAAUGCGGCACAUGUCCAGCUCAUCGAAAGCAGUUCAUCCGGUUCGGUUACGGAUAGUGUGUGUACCGCUUAUGAACAACAACAACAGCAGGAACUUUUGCAAAAGACAUCCUCCUCCGAUGAGUUACUCUCCAAGAGUGCGGAACAGGCGAUUCUUAGAAAUCUGCUGGCAGCGGAAAGUUUUUCCUCAAACUCACCAGAGCCAAUAAUAACACAAACGAAAUCAGCAAAUGGUUCUACUAAUGGACAAAGCACGCAGGGCACAAAAAAGGAAGAAAGCAACAAAGUAUCAUCCAUGUUUGGUGCUCUUGUACAAACCACCAACAGUCUUAUGUCCAGCUCCAGGAAAACAAAUUCGCAAGCUGACCAAAAGUGCGAGCCCUACAAAUUCAAUUAUACAGAUUUCAAUGAUGUGGAUCACCGCCUCAAACUGUACUUCUAUCAGACGAAAUUCGACGAGAACGAACAGUUCAAAUGGUUGGCACGCGGACGCAUAUAUAAUGACAAUACAAAAACGCUCUGCGCAGGCAUAGUGGUGAUGUCCACCUGCAAGUGCUAUCUAAUGGAGGCAUUUGGGCCCGAAAAUGAAGAUGUUGCGAAGUGGUUGCGCCUACUGGUGAGCGUCACGGCAGAUCGGCUAGAAUGCAUACAGUUGUUGCCCUGGAAACUUGGAUUGGCCUUUACAUUACGCGAUUGGGGCAAUUUUCAACUUUUACUACAGGACAUCCUGCGCACCGAUAGUUUGUUGCUAUACUUUGCGAAUAACUCGCUACCGUCACUGUGUGAACUGAAAUAUCAACCAACCGCCCUGCUAAUGAAACGCAUCAACAAUGCUGUCAACGAUGAACAACUGAAAAUGUGCGCAUUACUUAAUGCCUGCACAGUGACUUGUGGUCAAGCAAAGCGUAACUUGAGUACAUGUACUCUUUUAACUACAGACACGCAUCUGUGCAUCAGCUCAAGUAAAUUUGAUUGGCUUACUACCUCAGAUGCAGACGCUGAAGUGGAGAUUUGCAUGAAGCAAUUAAUGUCAAAUCUCGUCGAAGUGGAGCAAAUUGAUGCUAAUACCUUUCUAAUUAAUUAUCUAGACGAAACUCAAGAUCUGAGUGAAAUAUGGCAGUGCACUUUUGAGACACAAGAGAAUGCCGACAGUUGCUUAAAUGCCAUUGCACAAUCAUGGGAGAAACUGUUCGGCGUGUCGCUCUUAAAUACGACGUAAAAAACAGUAGCUUUCUAAUGCAAUUUUAAGCAAAUCUAUGUAUCUAUAUGUAUAGUAAAA